AUGCACGCUCGCUCCCAGCACCCACCUCCCAUAUCAGCCUCCGACGGCCGGCGUGCACCGGUCGUUCGCGCGGGUGCGUCCGCAGGCGCCGCCUGGGGCAAGCGCGAGCGCGUGAUGGAGCGCGGGGGCGGGCAGCUCUAUAUCUUGUCAUACGAGCUGGGGGCGCUGUGCCUGCCGAGCCUCGAGGCGGCGUAUCGCGCCCACCGCCACCGCGGGUUCUCCGCGUUGCCGACGGCGGCGGAUGCGGGCAGGAGCGGCGGCGGCGGCGGCGACGGGGCGCGCGUUUUGGAGCCCGGCGGCGGCAGGCAGCAGCAGCAGCAGCAGGAGCAGCAGGAGCAGCAGCAGGAGGAGCAGCAGGAGGAGCAGCAUGAGGAGCAGCAGCAGCAGCAGCAGCGGCAGCAGCAGCAGGAGCAAAAUGAGCAGCAGCAGGAGGUCGCGUUCUACGCGGCCCGCCAGGCCUCGCCCGCGGUGCCUCCCGCUGGAGCGGCACCGCCCGCGCGCGUCCUGCUGCCGGUGCCCUACCCCCUCCCGCCGCCGCCCUACCGGCCGGGCGACCUGCCUUGGGCCUGCGACGUGGACCCUUCAUACUUUGGUGGGCGGCGCGACAUGUUUGGGCGCAGCAUCCUUGACUACCGGGGGGCGCCGCACCCCCUCUACUGGCCGGCAUAG